AUGUAUACAGUAAGUAAUAAAAGAAAUUACAAUUUGAACAAUACUACAGUAUAUAGUCAGGAUCUAUCCACAACCAACCAGACGAUUUAUCAUAUCAGAGCAAGACACCAAUGGAAAACCCUACCUAUGGCUACCAUUUGGAUAGAUAAACGUCAAGUACAAGCACUUUUGGACAGUGGUAGUGAAAUUAAUUUGAUACAAGAGGAUAUAGCCAAGAUGUUGGAGCACCAGAAGAAUGUAUCAAGAAUUAACAACAACAACCCAGUUAGGAUCGAGUGUGGAGGAAAAAUUAGUAUGAGUGAAUAUCUAUUAUUAGGAUCAUGUUUUAAACUAAAGGAAAGAUCGUAUACAGCUUUGUUCCAUGUAGUCAAUAUUUCAACCAAUGUACCAAAAAUGAUAUUAGGUAUACCAUGGUUACGUGAACAUGGAAUUAUUCUAAAUUUCGAACAAAAUGCCUACAGUAUUAUGGAUCAGGGAGGGAAGAUCAUAGACCAGGUAAAUAAUGAUACCGGCUAUAAGUCAAACUUUCAACAGGUAACAGAUAACUCAUCAUAUUUAACUCAAGAACAUGCAAACUCUAACCUAGAGGACGAAGGACACGACAAAGUAGACAAUUCGGAAAUAACACUGCCACCUGAAUUAUCAGAUCUAGCUAUUUACUUUGCUAAACCAGACUAUAAAGGAAAAUUAAAGGAAUCCGACUUUAAGACAUUCAUAGAAUUUGAGAAGACUAAACCAAAUCGAAUGGGCACUCCAGGAUACCCAAUUCCACAAGCAUGGCUAACACAAGCAAAGAAACAAAUGCAGGUUAUGGUCGAUCAAGGUGUAGUAGAAGAAGUUAAUGGUUAUUGUAACUACGUCAGUCCAGGUUUUUUCAUCAGGAAAAGAGAUACUGAAGAACUCAGAUUGGUAAUAAACUACAGAACAGCUAAUCAAUAUGUCAUUGGAAUGGAAUCACAACUACCAAGUAUUUACGAUUCAAUAGUCACUUUGCCUGACUCGGUUUUUACGGUGUUAGACAUUACAUCAGCCUUUUAUACUGUUAAGUUGGAUAAAUUGUCCCAAGAUUUCCUUUGCUUCAAAGUUGGGAAUCAGACUUAUAGACCUCUUAGAGCUCCUAUGGGCUAUAAGAAUUCUGCUCAAUUGUUUGCCGCUUUCAUAAACCAUAUUUUACCCUCCUCAUUGAAACCACAUCUUACUAUUUAUGUGGACGAUUUGUUAAUCAUUGGUAAACCGAACACAAUUGUGUCUUUGACACGUGAGGUGAUCCAACACCUAGGGGGAUAUGGAAUUAGGUUUUCUGCUAAAAAGAUUCAAUUUAACCAAAGGUCUAUAGAAUACCUAGGUUAUAAAAUAGUCCCAGGUGGAAUAAAACCUCUUGAAAGGCACAUUGAAGCUAUUGUCAACCUACCGCCACCUCAAACAGUCAGGGAUGUAAGAAGUUUAAUAGGAAUGGCAAAUUUUAUUAGGAAUUGGAUACCAAAUAUCAGCGAAUCGUUGAAACAUAUGUAUCAAACUAUUAAAGAUUAUGGUGACAAAGGAAAAAAGGGCAGAAUAUCGAUAAGUGAAGAAUUGAUAUUGGAGUACCAAAAUUUCAAGGAAACAUUACAAAGACUACCAACAAUUGGUCGGUUUAUUCCAGGUUACCCAAUUUUGAUCUUCACCGAUGCUUCCCGAUAUUCUACUGGUGCAGUUGUGAUCCAACUAAGUGACAAAGCUGAUAGUAGAAAACCAAUCCAGAUAAUCAUAGACGAAAUUAAAGAGAGAAAUGGUAAAGUUCAAGGGAAAAUAUCAGGCUUUUCGAGUCAUAAGUUAACACCUGCAGAACAAAAUUACUCCGUUUAUGAUCUAGAGCUAUUAGCUAUUGAUAAAGUAUUGGAACAGUAUGAACAGUGGUUGAUUGGUUCCCCAGUUACGGUAAUUACAGAUCAUGCUAACUUAAGUAGAUUAACAACUAAAGUUAGGCUGACUCCCAGAAUUAGUCGAACCAUGGAAUUCCUGAUGCAAUUUGAUGUAAGAAUAGGGUUUAUGGAAGGAGACAGCAAUACAAUGGCUGACGGACUCUCAAGAUAUCCCAUACACAAAUCAUCAGAGCCAUCCAAAAUAGAAGUAGAAUUAUUCAGAAGGAGCAAAUUAAGACCAGAAAUACUGGAACCAUCAAUUCCGUACGAAGAUACUGAAAUUCCAAAUCAAGUUAAACGUUUGUUUAUAACUACAGCUAAAAUCAAUGAAAGUGAUAAUGUAUUUUUGAGAGUACCAGAAAUGACACUAGAAAUUGUGGAGAAAUAUCAAGAGGAUCAAAUACAUGAUAUUACUGGACUUCCAAUUACAUUACAUGACAAAUUAAAGGAAGCUGUGAGUAACAUCAAGGUAAAUUCGAAACUCCAUUUUUUAACAAUACAAGGUGAUAAACUGCUAACUAAAGAGCAUAAAUGGUGGAUUCCACAAGAACAAUACGAAAUAAUAUUGUGGAUUAUAUGGAACACACACAUUAACAAUGAUAUGCAUCGUGGUAUACAGGAAACACUUCGAUGUAUUAGGAAACGAUACAACUUUGAUGAUCUCUAUAAACUUACUCAGGUGGUUGUCAACUCUUGUAAAAUCUGUCAAUCGAAUAAACCAACAAAUUUUUCGAUCUCAAACUACCGAUAUAUCCCUACUCCUAGCCGACCACAUAUGAUUAUGAGUGCAGACCACAUUACCGAUCUCGAUACUUCCAAAGAUGGAUAUAACGAAAUAUUAGUGAUAGUGGAUCUUUUUACUCGAUAUACAUACUUAAUCGCUGCGAAGAAACAGGAUACGGCAGAAGAGACAUUUCAGAGAUUAGAAGAGAGACUUUGUUUACAUGGCGGUUUACCCAUCACGAUGCUAACCGACAACGGAACAAAAUACAAAGGUGAAUUCAACAAAAAUUUGUCCUGGCGUGGAAUAAAUCAUUGGAAUACUUCUAUUUACAGAGCAAAGUCAAACGGUGCUAACGAACGUAUGAAUGGUAUUAUUAAACAAUGCCUAAGAACUCAUGGAGCGUUAAUGCGUCCACAUUGGCCUCAACAUCUAUCAGCUACUGAAUUUUUCAUUAAUAGUAGGACACACUCGGCAACACGUCGAUCUCCAAAUGAGUUGAAAUUUGGCUAUGAACCUGAAUGGAUAGAUACAAAUAAACGUCUGGAAAUGCUUAAUACUGAUACCAGAAUACAAGUCAUGUCAGAUGAAGAAUGGUAUAAUUAUAUCCAAGAAAAGGUAAAACCAAUUCAAGCCCUAUUAGUAAAAAGUAAAGAUAGAAAUAAACAGAAGAUUACCAAAACAGGGAAACCAGUAGUAUUCAAAGUAGGUGAAAUGGUAUGGAUUUCUAGACAUGCAUACGUUGCAAAAGGCCUGAAGGCGCUAAAAGCUGUUUUUAUAGGACCUGCUGUUAUUAAAGAAGCCGUCAGAGAAACAUCCUAUAAGGUAAAUAUAUUAAACUCAAGCAUAGUACUUCAUGUAAAUGCUGAGUUCCUUAGCAAAUUCAUUAAACCCAUUGAUACAGUCAGACAAUUAAGAAUCGCCAUGGAUGAAUAUUUCGAAACAAUAGUUACAACAGACAACACACCAAAACAGACAAAAUUAAAUGGUAUAAUGAAAGCUUCACAGGAAAACGGUCACCCGAAUCAAGAGGACUUUCAAUCCACAAAUAAAAGGGGAGCACCAUCCGAGUUGAAUGAAAAGAAUGCAAUAAACGAUGCAAAUACAACAACUCGUAAGAAAAUAUGUAGAAGAAGCAAACAUUAA